AUGUUAACACAUUUCAUAAUAUUUGUAGUCGACCGAUUUUCCGGUCAAGUAACGAGCUUGGCCCAUAUUGUUAAUACGAACAAGAUUGUGAAGGAGAAGCUUACCCCAAGGCAGUUAGAGAUGUUCAAGAAAACAGUUUUUGGGCGAUUUGUAUACGUUGCCAUAGUGUUCAACAACCCAAUUAUUCAUCAUAUGUUAUUGAGAGAAGUGAAGAGCACGAGAGCUGACUCAAUCUCAUUCUCUGUUGGUAAAAAGUUCAUCACUUUUUCAAAUGAUGAUUUUUUGUUGAUAACUAGUUUGUGGCAAUCCCCUACACGAGUUGAUCAAAAUGAGUCGUCCUCAUAUGAACUUGCAAUAAAGUAUUUCAGUAAUCGAGUGACGAAGGACAUCUUACAUGUCCGUUUACUAGAAGAAAAAUACGAGUUGGAGUUUGAAAAUGACGAGGAUGUUAUGAAGAUCACAUUAGUCUAUUACAAGGAGGUUGCAAUGAUGGGAAAGAACAAGCAGAAAAAUGCAAUGGACCUUAAACGUUUUAAGGACGUUCAGAACAUAGAGUACUACAACAGUCUAGACUAG